UGGAGGAGCCCUGACGAAGAAGCAGGAACAACACUGCUGCGAAGAGCUACUUGUGAGAAAACCACCCACAAGGUUCCACAGGUUAUUUGGGGAAUUUUUUCAUGCAGUAUUUGUCACUGCAACAUCUGCCUGGCUGAAAGACAAUUUACUGCCUGAACAGAGCAAAAUGGAAGUCUUCAUUUUCCCCUCACAGUAAGUGCAGAGACCUUCCUUCUGCAGCGCCAGAGGCAGGGGCUGUGGUGCAGGUGCGCACCCCGCGCUCCGCUCCCGGGCAGAGAGGAUGAGGAAGAGGAGGAGGAGCCGGGAUUGCUCAGGUGGCGGUGGCGGGGUGAGGCUGCGCUGAGUCAGGCACUCACACACCUGCCUGCCGGCUCCUGGCCGCUUAAAGCACAGGAGCUGCCUGCCGGAGGCUCCUUCGGGCCCAUCCACUAGCACGUUUCACACCUGGCUGCGACUGGAAAGGACCACGAUGGGGCUGUUCUACAGCAAGAGCCAGACAGAACCGUCUCCAUGCAACUUGCUCACUGUAAAAAUCAUACAGAUGAAAAAUGCCAGGAAAGCAGACUUGUUAAGUCAGUCUGAUUGCUAUGUGAGCCUGAGACUGCCAACAGCUUCAGUGCAGCAGUUCCGCACCAAGACUGUCCAGAACAGCAAGAACCCAACAUGGGAUGAGACCUUCCACUUCACCAUUCAGAGCCAGGUUAAGAACAUUCUGGAGCUUAAAGUUUGUGAUGAGGAUAAAGUAACUGAAGAUGACCAUCUCCUCACUGUUUUCUUUGAUGUCUCCAAAAUCCAGCUGGGAGAAAACAUUCAACUAAGUUUCCAGCUGAAUCCACAGGGAAAAGAGGAGCUGGAGGUUGAAUUCACAAUGGAGAGCAGUCCAGAUCCUCCUGAAAACAUUAUUACUAAUGGAGUUCUAGUGUCCCGUGAGGUUUCCUGUUUGGACGUGCAGGUGAACGAUGGCAGGCUGAGGAAGGACACUAUGGAGAGAAAGUUUGCACUGACUGUGGACGGGUCGUAUGAAGGAACCCAGACGCACACGCUGAGCUCCUGCCUGUGCCCCACGUCCCCGGCCAGGUUCCACUACAUCAAGUACAACCAGUCGGCGCUCACUGUGGCUCUGCCGCGGCGCAGACGCCUCAGCAGGUCUAUAUCAAGUCAAAAUGAAAGGGAUAUGAAUGAAUCUGUGACUCUACCUCUGAACUCGCUUCCUAUACAAGAGAAAAUAUCAAUAGGAGAGGACAGGACAAUUGACUUGUACACAAAGGCAAAUGAAUGGACUCAGGGUCUGUGUUUCAGACCAAGAAACCUUGAUGCUCGCCUGGGGUUUGACCUCUGCACAGAUGAACAGAAUUUCCUGAAAAACCGAAAGAAGGUAGUUGCUGCUGCACUAAAGGACGUUCUUCAUCUGGAGGAAGAUCUGCAAGAGCAUGAGGUGCCUAUAGUGGCUGUGACCACUGCAGGGUGUGGCAUAAGAGCCCUCACUGCCAUGUAUGGCAGCAUUUUGGGUCUCCAAAAGUUGCGUGUUCUGGAUUGUAUUUCAUACAUCAGUGGUUCAUCUGGCACAACAUGGACAAUGACAAAACUAUAUGAAGAUGCUGAAUGGUCACGUAAGGAUCUUGGGGAAGUAAUUAUUGAAGCACGGAAGCAAGCAGCCAAGUGCAAGAUGGGGGCUUUUUGCUUGAAAAGUCUGAGGAAUUAUUACAGAGAGCUGAGCCAAAGGACCCAAGCAGGACAUAAAACAUCUUUUAUUGAUCUGUGGGGGCUCAUGAUUGAAGCCAUGUUAAAUGAUGGGAAAAGCCACCACAGACUUUCUGAUCAACGUCAGGCAGUGAACCAAGGUCAGAACCCACUGCCCAUCUACCUUGCCCUUAAUGUCAAGGACAAAGUUGCCACCAAAGAUUUCAGAGAGUGGGUGGAGUUCACGCCGUACGAGGUGGGCUUCCUGAAAUACGGCGCCUUCAUUCGCGCCGAGGAUUUUGGCAGUGAGUUCUUCAUGGGCCGCUUGAUGAAGAGGAUCCCUGAGUCACGAAUCUGCUUCAUGCAAGGAAUGUGGAGUAGUAUCUUCUCCAAAAAUCUCUUGGAUGCCUGGCAUGCAGCUGACAACUCAGAAGACUUCUGGCACAGGUGGACCCAGGACAAAGUGACUGAAAUAGAGGAGCAGCCAGACCUGCCUGAGAAGCCGUAUGAGAUGGCCACGUGUGUUUUCACUCCUACGAGCGGCCUCUCCACGACGCUCCGGGACAUCCUGACGGAUCGCCCCGCCGUCUCCAAGUACCACAACUUCCUAAGGGGCUUCCAGAUGCACAAUGAGUACAUCCAGCAUGAACAGUUCACAAAAUGGAAAGACACUUUGCUAGACACCUCUCCCAAUGACCUGAGAGGCAACUCAGAACACCUGGAGCUGGUGGAUGCAGCUUUCUUCUUUGAAACCAGUUACCCACCCCUUCUGAGACCAGAGCGGAAGGUGGACGUCAUCAUACACUUAAAUUACACAGGCGGAUCACAGAUAUUGCCCCUGGAGCAGGCUUGCAAAUACUUUGCAGAGCAGGAAAUUCCAUUUCCCUGCAUUGGACUGACAGAUGAUGAGAAGAACCUGAAAGAGUGCUACAUGUUUGAUGGUGCAGACACCCCAGGAGCUCCUCUGCUGCUUUAUUUUCCAUUAGUGAAUGACACUUUUCAAAAAUAUGUAGCACCUGGCAUGACACGUACUGCUGCUGAAAUGGAACAGGGCAAAGUUGAUAUCUCCAGUUUCUCCUCUCCAUACUCAACCAGGGAGGUCUCGCUGAAAGCAGAAGAUUUCAACAAGCUUCUGAAGCUGGCUAAUUACAACAUAAUGAACAACGAGAACAUGAUUCUUCAGGCCUUGCGCAUGGCUGUGGCACGGAAGAAACAAGCCCUGAGCCAGCCAGCACCACAGGCACAGCCCUCUGCUUGAACAGCACUUCCCUGUCCCUUACUAAGCAUUUACCAACACAGCAUACCUGUGAUAAAUACUUCACCAUU